AUCGCGGACUUCCUUUCUCGUGUUGUGUCUCCAUGUGAGUUUGUGGCAGCGGAGAGCGAGCGGCAUUGGAGUUUUUAAAACAAACAAACACACGAAUUUUUAAAAAGUUUAAAUUUCGGCAAUGGAGGAUUUUGAAGAGGAGUCAGUGUCGGGUUCAGAGUCAGAAGGAGGCGACUCUGUCAUGUCAGACAGAGAGCUCCAAGAAGCUUUCGCUAAAGGUUUGCUCAAACCGGGCAUGAACAUCCCCUUAGAAGCCAGGAAGAAAGAGGUGAACAACGUGGAGGGUUUGAAGCAGUGCCUGGCAGACUUCAAGAAGGACCUGGCCUGGGUGGAGAGGCUGGAUUUGACCAGCCAGCCCCUGCCUGACCUUGUGGCCAAGGCAGAGGGGAAGCUAACCACGCUGGACAGCAGAGAGAUCCAUGCUGAGGAUGACUUCCAGAGGGAGAUGUACUUUUACCGACAGGCCCAGGCAGCUGUUCUGGAAGCGUUGCCACGGUUGAAGAAGUGCAAUAUUUCUACCAAGAGACCAGAGGACUACUUUGCUGAAAUGGCCAAAACCGACCAUCACAUGCAGAAGAUCAGAACCAAGCUGUUGGCCAAGCAGACCUCCAUGGAGAAGUCAGAGAAGGCGAAGCAGCUACGAGAACUCAGGAAGUAUGGCAAGAAGGUUCAAACUGAUGUCCUGCAGAAGAGACAGAAGGACAAGAAAGCCAUGAUGACAGCUGUGAAGAAAUACCAGAAAGGAAUGACUGACAAGCUAGAUUUCAUGGAGGGGGAUCAGGAAAAGGGCAAGAAAGGGUCGGCUGGAGCUGCUGGGCCAAACUCGGCAAAGAAGAAGCGAGGACCCAAUGCCAAGAGGCAGUACAAGGACCAGCGGUUCGGAUUUGGUGGGAAGAAGCGAGGCUCCAAGUGGAACACAAAGGAGAGUCACGACGACAUGUCCGGGUUCCGAUCCAAAGCGGCGCACGGGAAGUCUGGCAAGAACAGGGGGAAAGGAGGGAAGCAAGGAGCGAGCAAGAGACCUGGCAAGAAUGCCCGGAAGAAGAUGAAGAACAGAUCUUGAUGGAUGCCUUGCUCUGUUUUGUGAUCCGGACUCCAGACUGACAUGUUUACACAGCCUUGCUGUUUUGUGAUUUAGACUCCAGACUUGUGUUUCCAUGUUGUGGGUGAUCUCAUGUUUUGUUUGUUAGGGUUGAAAGAUGUGCCUUUUAAGAGAUUGAUAGAACUGAAGUGUGUGUGCUACCUGUGUGGUGUCUUUAUGGGUACCCUGUAAUCAGUUUUUUAGUAUAUCUGCAGGUUUCUACAUCUACCUAGAGUUUGCUGUUGGAUAUAGUCCAGUAUCACACCCUGACUGAGCUGAGCUGGAGGUUAUCCCUACUGCAUUUCAGCGAGUUCUCCAAAUGUGGUGGCCAGAGCCCUUUUUUUAAAGAAAAAAGAAAUCCAAUUGUUCUGCUUUGUUAAUUUUUUUUUUUUUUUUUUAUAACCCCCCCCCCCCCCCCCCCCCCAAUUAGCAAAGUCCCUACAUUACAUUGUAAUGUAUUGUUAGAAAAGGUAAAGCGAGUGGUCACACACCCAUGUCUUUGUUUCUGCGGUCCUGCGUCCAUAGUUAAAGUAAUGAGCACAGUCCUCUCCAGUGUCUAGCGUUUGUUUGAUUAAUGCUAGGAAGGGUGAGGAGGCUCAGGGCUAGUUCACUUCCCUGCCCCUGAUCCCAUCCUGUUUCUUUAGAACUGCCUAGAGGGCGUGGCUGUGCAGAAUAAGCAGUGAGCAAGCCCAUGCUGAUGUUGGUUAUCGAUUGAAGACGUACAGACAUCACAAAUAAGCCUGUACGAUUCAAAGCUGACACACAACUGCUUAUUUGAGUAAAUAAUCUUGACUAGGUAAAGUGGCUGAAACAAUCUGACUGCAUGUUCAAUCCAUUUUUAUUAAAUGUACCAACCAAGUGUAAAUAAACACAGUGAAAGUUCA